AUGCCUUCUAAAGUUCAUAUUUUUGAGCUACCUUUUGAUGUCAUAACUCCUACUGACAUUGGCAGGCCCGAAUCACAACUUUUUUCAGACCUUUAUAAGGCAGCAGCACAGGAUUCUAAACGAGGCAAAGCAAGACGCAGAGAAUUUCCUCUCUGGACAAACCCAUCACUUUCUAUUGCCGGUUGGCGGUUUAACGAGUGGGAUUACGAUAACGAGAAAAUCACUUUACCAUCAAACGCUCGCGGUCUUUUUAGCUUCAUUGAACCAGGGUCUCCACAGCACGAAUCAAUUGUUAUUCGCGGAUACAAUAAGUUUUUCAACCUUAACGAACUCUCUUUUCUAAAUUGGGACUGGAUCAAGUCUUCUACAAAGGGCCCUUACGAAGUCACUUCAAAAGAAAACGGCUGCAUUAUUUUCAUUUCAGGUCUUGCCGACGGAACCCUUAUCGUAACUAGCAAACAAUCUACGGGCCCCCGCGAAGAUUCUCCAGACGAACGAAACCACUCAUUUGUUGGCCAGAAGUGGGUCCGCAAACAUCUUGCUUCUAAAAAUAUUAAAGAGACGGAUUUUGCAAAACUUCUGCACCAAUUAAACGUCACAGCUAUUGGCGAACUUUGUGAUGACACUUUCGAAGAACACGUUUUAGCAUACCCACCAGAUCACGCAGGAAUUUAUCUCCACGGCCUUAAUCUCAAUAUUGAUAAAUUCACAACAUACCCAUUUUCUGCAGUAGAAAGCUUUGCCAAACAAUUUGGGUUUAUUCCGACCCCAUACUUGACCAUAAAUACAGCAGAUGAACUUCAAACAUUUUUAGAAACUUGUGCAGAAACCGGUUGCUGGAACAAUAAAGAAGUCGAAGGCUUUGUCAUCCGCACAAAAGCCCAGCUUGAUGAGCUUCACCCCGAAAUUUAUUCUGACUAUUUUUUUAAGUAUAAGUUUGAAGAACCUUAUCUCAUGUAUCGACAAUGGCGCGAAGUAACGCGCGCUUAUCUGGGCGGCAAAGCACGAUUCGAAAUCCGCAUCAAUAAACACAUUUACUACACAAAAAAGUACCUCGAUUUUGUUAUACCCCUUUUAUCUAAUGAUGAGGCUCUGCGCGAUAGCUACCUUAACAACCAUAACAUAAUAAAGGUCCGGCAAAUGUUUCUUGAUAACAUCGGUAUGACGGGCUCCGCCAUGGUUCACGAGGAUGAAGAAAUGAACCAGAACAUUUGCCAAACUCUCAAACCAAAAUAUAUUCUCGUUCCUGUCUCCACUAUUGGCUGCGGCAAAACCACAGUUGCUGUGGCUCUCCGGAAACUCUUUCCCACUUGGGGGCAUGUCCAAAAUGACGACAUCGUUAAAAGGCCAAAGCCUACCCAUUUUGCCAAAAUGUGCAUGGAAGCCGUUCGUUAUUCUUCCAAUGUGGUUAUUGCUGACCGCAACAAUCACCAACGCCGUGAGCGCGCCCAAAUCUUUACAGACAUGAACAACUUUAAAAAUAUGGGCACUCGAAACGUUUUCGUUUGUCUCAACUUUAGAGGAAACUAUAGCCAGGGUUCUGAAAACAAAGACCUUUGGGAUUUAACUUCUAAACGUGUUUUUAACCGCGGCGACAACCACCAGAGUAUUUCUGCUGCUAGUGACGACAAAAACAAGGUUAUGAUGAUUAUGAAAGGAUUUAUAAACCGCUUUGAGCCUGUUGAGCCUUUUACCGAGCCUGACUCCAAUUUUGACUUGGUGAUUGACCUUGAAACAAGUGGUACAGACUCUUCUCGCAUAAAUCUUGAAAAAAUUGUUAAAACUCUCCACGAGAAGUAUCCUGAUAUUGUUCCAGAGCUCCCAACUGCAGCUCAGCUUGAUGAUGCCUUCAAUUACUCUCUUACAUAUAUCCCUGAUAAGGUCGGAAUCUUUGACCAAAAUCGUGCUAAUGUUGAUCAAAAAAAGAUGGAGAAGAAAAAAAAAAAGCCUCGCUACUUUGCAAUCAACAUCGUGCCUCCAAAUACCAGCUCAACCUUAACGACACCCCCAAAAUCCCUGGAAACCGCCAUGGGCCAGCUCAGUCUCGAAAAAGCUCCAGCAAAUAGUCCUGAGACUACUGUCGAACAAAAUAUGAUUCACCUAAUUAACCGACUGUUUGAGGUAAACCCUGAUGCCGAUCAGACUGUGUGGAAGCUUUUACAAAAAAACAAUCGCGUGCAAACAGAGUUUCACGUCACCCUUGUACACAAAACUCAGGGCGGGCCCGGGUCUACCGAUGAGUCAGCUAAAAAAUAUUUUGAAGCACUAAAAACCGUGCUGGAUACGGUCCUUGAAGAAAAGAAGGAUAAGGAAACAUCAGCAUCUAAAAACCCAACCACUGAUGCUAACGGCUUUACAGUAGUUACCAAGAAAACAAUAGCACCACCAUUUAUUGAGCUUGGAUCGUUGACUGCCGAUGUUGCUUUAAAGAAUUUGUAUUGGACACCUAACCUCAUGGGUAUUGAGGUAAACAUUAUUUCCAAAAACGCCGAAAAGGAUGAUACCCCACACAUUUACACUCUUAAUACACAUGCCCACAUCACAAUUGGCACGUCAAGUACCAGUGUGGCUGCAGUGGAGGCUGGUAAAGCCCUUAAUAAUCCCGAUGAUAGCCUUGUAAAAUUGCCAUGGAAUAUUGAACCUCGGGAACUGACAAACCAGGCUGUUGUUGCAUAUUUUUAA